AUGGACAUCAUCAUCGCUUCAUUCGAUUCGAUAUCGGAAGUCAACAUGGACUACACGAUCACAAUGUACUUGCACCAAUACUGGACAGAUGAGCGCCUUUCAUGGGGUACUUCAGGGCCGAUCGAAGAGAUGACUCUGAGUGGAGAGUUCUCC